CUUGCAUUCUCAGCUUGGACUAAAAAUGUGAUUUUGAAACAAUUGUUAAUCAUCUUUAAAUAGAGGGUUAGAAGAGUCUGUUUGCUUCUGACAAUCAAUCUCGGAAUGCAGCUGUAUGAAAUCAAUGAUUACCUGAACUUCGUAUGUUUUUGUUUAAGUGUACCUUGACCUGAGCUGCACUAUUUAAAGGUGAAGUUGCAGGGAUUCACCAUCAGUUCUUCCUAUCUCAGGACAAGAUACGUAAGCUUCUGCAAAUAUGUCUGAAGGCUCCGUUGAGUUAAAACAAAAAACGGCUGUGGAAAACAACGGUUUUGUACCAGACUAUGAUUAUGAUGGCGAGGAAAAGGUGGCCAGCAGAAAAAACAGCCAGACUGAAGAAGCUCAUGUUUAUGCUGUUCAAAUAAACGCAACCUCAUUAGAUCCUCUUACCUUGAAGCCUUAUGCUGGGAUGCCCAAAGAGGUACUUCUUCAGUUUUCUAGAAGACCAGGCUACAGAAUAACUCGAGAGAUUAUUUUUUGGUUGAUCAUUGCAGCUACAUUAGUGAUCAUCGCUGCAACAAUUGCAAUAAUAGCUCUUUCUCCAAGGUGUCUCGACUGGUGGCAAAGUAGCCCUAUUUACCAAGUCUAUCCCAAGUCUUUUAAAGACAGCAACAAAGACGGAGCCGGGGAUCUUAAAGGUAAUAUUUAUGGGGGGGGGGGGGUUUUCUUCAAAUUUAGUUCUAAAUAAACCUUUACUAUAAAUGUGAAGUUCGUUAUGGUGAAUGUAUCUUCCAUAAGAUAAUAAAUGCAGGACAGAUGUUUGAAAAGGUGAGAAUUGGGUCUUAUUAUAAGGUGAUGGAAAGGAUGCAGAGCAAGGCUUUUCGUCCAUUUGUUUUUGGACUGUAACUCCCAUCACCCCAGCAAAUGGAUCUGGUAUCCAUUCAUAAACGUGCUGUAAGGUGGAAUUAAAAUAUUAAGCAUGUUAUGAGAUGCAGUGAGCGUUUAUAGCAAGUAAUGGCUUUAUACUACAUUCACAAUUGAUUUUGUUUUAGGAUUAUGGAAUUAGGAUUUAAGGUUAAGGUUUGGGGGGGGGGGCUUUAAACUCAAAGUGCUGUGGAUUGUACUUUCUUGGCUAACAGAUUGAUGGGAAAUAUAGUCCACAACGUCUUCAGUACCCACAAAGGUUAGAGGGUGCAUCAACCAAACCCCUAGGAGCUAAGGGUGCAGUGUUAGUUACACCACUGUGACCUCAGGAAUCUAAGGAUGCAGGAUAAGCUGGACUAAUUUAUGGUAGAAGGAUGCUUACUAUUAGAAGCAAUGCUGCCGUGUUGCCAACAUGUUAUGAAGGUUACUAUAAUGACUCAAGACAUUUAUUAUAAUGUAUAAUGACUCUAGACAAGUUCACAAAGUAUGCAAUUAUUUUCGUUAGUGUGCACCAGUGAACAUUAGUUGUUGCUCCUCUUUAGAAAUAUAUUGGCAUUACCGGAUAUUUUACAGUCUUAGCUCAGUGGUAUUCACCUUAUUCAAUGUGAAUUCAAAGGAAAUUUAAAAUUUAAGGUCAUAUAUGUAUAUAUAAGUUAUAUAUGCUUUUAGUUCAGCUGCUACGGCCUUAAAUUUGAAAUUCACUUUGAAUUCUUACUUUACCAAAUAACCAUGAAUUGUAUUAUGCUGCCUAAUACACUGAAGCUGAACACUUAUUUUCUUGUGUAGAGGUUUCAACAAAAAAGAAAAAAUUACUGGUGUGGUCCUGUUAAACACGUUUCCAGAAGAUAUUCGCAGAAAAUCAUUAAACUUCUAACUUUCAGACUAGAAUGUAUUAAAUAAGCUUCUGUUAAGUUCCUGGAAUGAAACAUUGACUUGUUCAUUGUGUAAAUUAUUCACCGUAACAAGACCUUGGUCUACAAGUUGCAUGUCAGCAGGAUAUAAUAUAUAUGUGUAUUAUUAAUGAGUUACUCCAAGCACCAUCAGUAAUAGAAAGAGGUUCCAGGCAGUCCAAGUGUCUUCAAAUGUGUUUGUUGGGACUAGUGAGACACCGCAACGUUUCAACACCUGAAAGGUUUUUUGUCAAGCCACUUGACAAAGACCCUUUCAGGGGUCGAAAUGUUGCGGUGUCUCACCAAACACAUUUGAAGAUACUUGGAGUGCCUGGAUCCUCUUUCUACUACUGUUAUCUACUCCCUGGGGCUGGUGCUGGCCCUUGGUCCAGUUUAGCACCUGGAUCUUCACAUGAUUGGUGUACAGUUCAUUUUUUCUUUUUGCAAAAACUCCAAGCACCAUGACAACGUUAGUGAUUUGCUUUGAAAAGAUGCACACAUUGAGAUUAACCCAUCUGGUGGAGUUACACCUCUUACAGAGUUACUAGUUCCCGACUGGCUAAUAUUAAUUCUGUGCAAAUUAUUUUUCAUUAUGAUAAUUAUCUCCUUCUGUGGCUAAACUACAGUGUGGGUUUUAUUGCUUUUUCCAAGAGAGCUGGCUUUGCAUAGGUCAGUUGGUAUAAAGCAAAGCUGUGAUCAUUAUUGUCAUAAUUUUAGGAAUUCAGGAAAAAAUAAAUCACUUUUUGUAUCUCGAUGUGAAAAAUGUCUGGGUCGCUUCCUUCUACAAGGCUUCACUGAAAGAUUACAAUUACGCAGUCGAUGAUUUCAGGGAUGUGGACCCCACUUUUGGCACAAUGGCUGACUUUGAUAGUAUGAUCUCUGCUCUGCAUGAUAAAGGUAAGUUAACACUGGUUCUACUCUGUAUUGACCAAGGAUCAUUGUACAAAAAAAACAACAAAAAAAAACAAAAAACGUUAUAAAUAAUUAAGGGGAAGGAUUUCCUUUUGACCCUGGUAGAGGACUUUGGUGUUGUUAUUCACUGCUACCAGCCCUUAAUUUCCCCUAAACGCAGAGUAGGCAGCUGUCUAUAGAUGCCUCUUGGUCACGUCCUGCAAUCUACACUCACACUUUGGACACAAGAUUCCCAUCAUGCACUUGGUAUUGGCCCACCUUGUAAAUAAAAAAUAACUUUCUUUCCUUUACACACAAAUACUAUCAACUUAUUUAAUGCUCUACAUAUCAGGACAAACCCUGGUGCUUCCUCUGCAUUAUAACCAGUCACUGUGUGCUGGCAGAGUGAUCGUUGCCUACAGACUCUAGAUGGCAGGUGGUGUUACUUUAGACCACAUAUUCAAAUAUCAGGCAGAAGGUGCCAUUAUGUGAGGCCACAUAUUUACUGUCUAUUUAAUGUACAACUCAGCAAGAAGGAACAAAAUGGACGUCUCACUUAAUCCCCAUUUUAUAGACACCGGGUAGAGCACCAGAGCCCCUUUCCUUCCCCACAGCUGCAUGGGGAGUCGUGGGUGCAAAAAUAAACAAAACACAUGUAUAAAUGUGUGUCUAGCUGUGUAUAUGUGGAUCAUUCUGUAUGUACAUUCAUAUGAGCAACAACUGAAGGACAAGGUAUUAGGUUGCAGACACUUCUUACUGUUCUCAUUAACUGUAUUUUUGCCAUGUUAGGUAAUUAAACAUAUGUGAGUGACUUGUUAUGAAUGCAUUUGGAAAAUUAUGCCUAAUGAUAGCUAAAGAACUACAAGUUUACCUGCCCAUAAUGUGUAUAAUUUAAAUACAAAAGAAAGAAGAGAAUGCAAGUGCAAGCACAUCAUAAUAUAUAAAAAUAUAUAUAUAAUACAAGUGCAGAGAAUAGAGAUCCCCUGAUUGAAGUAUGUUAAAAAUGGCACAGAGCACACAGAAUAAGGUGCAAUAUAUGCAGCAUUGUAUAUUAUCACCAUUUAUGUCGCACAAACCUAUUCCACUGCGCUUUACAACAUUAUAAAAGAGGGAAAUUUUACAAUAAAUGAGAGAUUUACAAGUGUUACAGGAAGAAUCGGUUGAUGAGGACCUUGCUCAAACAAGCUUACAGUCUAGGGGAGGUGAGGUAGAACAACAUAAUAGGAAGGGCAUCGAGGGGAUAGCAACCAAACGACAAGUUGGGAAAGUAGCAGAACUGAAGGUGAGAGUGGAGUAUGGCCCUUUAGUAGAGAGCAAAUGACAGAUUUGUGAAAUUGAAGUUACUCUGGGAGGAGCUUUUCUGAAAAGAUGGGUUUUGAGGGACAUCUUAAAUGAUUGAAGACUAGGGGAGAGUCUGAUGGGGGUAGGCAGGCUGUUCCAAAAGAACAGAGCCACCAGAGAGAAGUAUUGCAAGAGCAGUAGGUGUAAAAGCAGCGGCCAGGAGAAGGUCACUAGCAGAGUGGAGAGACCGGGAAGGGUUAUUCCUAUGAAUCAGUGAAGAUAUGUAACAGGUGGUAGAAUUGUUUAAAGCUUUAUAGGUAAGAGUUAGUAUUUUGAAUUGACACCUACAGGGUACAGGAAGCCAAUGCAAUUUUUGACAGUGGGGCGAGGUGCGAGAGGAGCAACGGGAGAGAAGGAGGAAAAGGACAGAAAGGAGGAGAAGGUGGGUGUAAGAUUUAAAUGUUUGGGGUGAGAGCUUGUAUUUGGAGGCUUUAGUUGGUGGGGAAACGGUGGAUAUAUGAGAAAAGUGUAUAGAGGGGGAAGGAAAUAAAGUAGGGAAAGGUAAGCAAAAAGAUUAAGAGAUUUUAGCAAUGACAAAAGUGCAGGCAAAGGUGAAAAAUAAAACGGAGAACAUUACUAAGAGAAUAGGAGUUUGUAUUGUACAUAAGGAGAUUAGAAAAAAUUAAACCAUAGGAGAGAGUGGAUGGGCGAAGAGUUAAAGGCAUGCAGUGUCGGAAUUGAGCAGGUGAAGAGAGGUUGUUAUACAUAACUGGUGCAAGUAUAGGUAAUUGCUACUGUCUAAGUUAAAAUGUUAUUUUAUAAAAAGUGUUCCACACUCAAAUUUUUUUGAGCAACUCUAUGCUCACAAUGGAGCACUUACAGGGGUAUAAUCCCUCCUUAGGGAUAUAUUGUAGACAUAGUAGAGAGAAAUCCUUCAUAGUUCUCAUGGCAAAAAUAACAGGCAGCAAUAAAGUAAUGCUGUAUUUAUGCUGUGGUUUAUUAAAUAAUGUUAUAAAUGUCAACUCACAUUGUAUAGAGUUACACUCUGCUCUUUUUUUAGUGUGCGGGUGAUAACUCCCACCUAUGGAUAUAUACAAUACACAACGCCUUGGCAUUUAGUAUGAAGUAGUAAAAAGUUAAACCAAUUGUACAGUAUUUAAGCAACAUGAAAAUUGUGCUUGAAGGAUAUAUUUGUUCUUGAUUGCUACCUGCUAGGAUACUGUAAUGUUGGAGAUAACAACAACAAAACAUCUGACAACUGAUAACAAGUUCUCUCCUGUUUCAUUAGGUUUAAAACUCAUCAUUGAUUUAAUCCCAAAUCACACAAGCAAUAAGCAUCAGUGGUUUCAGUUGAGUAGGAAUCGAACUGGAAAGUACACAGACUACUACAUCUGGCAUGACUGUGUUCUAGGAGUACCUCCUAAUAAUUGGGUAAUUACUGAUUUUUGUUUACUUAAAUACUGAGCAUACGAUGUCUGUGUGUAAUGUAUCCAGCCAUGUAAUAUGAAAAACAGACACAUUUAUUGAAUAAGUUACAAGAAACAUUAUACAUAGGACUCUGACUCCUCAGUCCCCUUCAAAGUAGGCACCUUGGGACCUCGCACAGGUCUCCCGGCAUCUCUUGCACUGUUCAAAACACAAUUGGGAAGGGUGGGAGUUUAACGUAAAAUGGUCAAGGGGAUAAAUGCGGGCAUGAACCCAAUGAAAUAUUGAGAUGAACUUAGAGAAAAAUCCCUGACCAAUGAAAUGUCAAUGGUUUAUUCUCUAAAACUUCACUUUUAUUAUAUCAGUUUAAAAGAAUAAUGUCAGUAACAAAUGUGAGUCGUGGACACACUAGGUAAGUGUCAAUAGUAGAAAACAUAAUAAUGUAAUAUGUAGAGGAAAAAUGUGUAUGUAAAGAAAAAAUAAAAAUCUAAAUCAAUAUAAUUACUAGGGUACAUAUAUAUACAAAAGACUUCAAAACAUUGCCAGAUCCUUUGUUGGAAUCGCCAUCAGCUGCCUCGUUGUAUUUACCUGAAUUUUACCUGAAGCUGCAGAGCACCAAAUCUUUCAAGAGACUCUUGACCAUCUUUGAAGCUAUUGUUUUUGCUGCACUCAUUGCAUUGUCCCCGAGAGCCUUUUGAAUCAUCUGAAUGUUAAAUCUAGAAGGGAUUCUCCAGUGCCAGGAAAACAAACCCGUUUUCCUGGCACUAGAGGAUCCUGGAGUGUCACCCUCCAUCCCACAUCGCUGAAGGGGUUAAAACCCCUUCAGACACUUAGGUAAAUCCAGCACCGAUGUCUCACAGCGCUGGGUUAGGCUCUGCCACGCAAUGGUGGCCGCACACACGCAUGAGACCUCUCCAAAGGAAUGCAUUAUUUAAUGCUUUGCUAUGGGGAUUCCGGCGACGUUGGAGGUCCUCAUGCAAAAGUCGUCUCAGGAGACGGAAGUCCCUUUAGUGGCUGUCUGGUAGACAGCCACAAGAGGAGUGCUUAAAGGGACACUCCAGGCACCCAGACCACUUCUGCCCAUUGGAGUGGUCUGGUUGCCAACUCCCACUACCCUUAACCCUGCAGGUGUAAUUAUUGCAGUUUUUAUAAGCUGCAAUAAUUACCUUGCAGGGUUAACUCCUCCUCUAGUGGUUGUCUAGUAGACAGCCAAGAGAGGGCACUUCCGGGAUUACAGCAGGAUUCUGCUAUGUGAGGACCUCCAGCGUCGCUAAAAUCCCCAUAGGAAAGCAUUGCCGCGCAUGCGCAUUAGGUCUCCCCCGCCGGCUGACGUGAUGAAGAGGAGGAGCGUGGGUGGAGGAAAAAGCAGCGACGAGGGACAUCGUUGCUGCCUCUGGUAAGUCACUAAAGGGGUUUUCACCCCUUCCGCAACGGGGGAUGGGAGGUGGGAGGGAGAGGGGACCUGCAGUGCCAGGAAAACGGAUUGUUUUCCUGGCACUGGAGUGUCCCUUUAACCCUGCAAGGUAAUUAUAGCAGUUUAUAAAAAACUGCAAUAAUUACACUUGUAGGGUUAAGUGUGAUGGGAGUUGGCACCCAGACCACUUCAAUGAGCUGAAGUGGUCUGGGUGCCUAAAGUGUCCCUUUAAAGCAGAAUUUGAUGCAGAUUCGUUGCUCUACUCACUUAGUUAUUUUGAAUGCUACGGCCACACAGUGCCCAUGUUCACUUAACAACGUCCCCCCCACUGACUAGUACGGUGAAAUCGUCAUCGUUCAUCCACUCUCUUUGGCUGCCAGAUUACUUCGAUGUCCAGCAAACCAGUCUCAUUAUAUUAACAAUGGCUGGAGUUUCUCCAUAUACUCACUUAUGCAGUUUGCUGUUUGUUACUUAAACUUGUUUAGGGUUUUAUUUAUUGAACAGUGCUAAAAUGGUUAUUAACUGUUUACACGAAGGUGUGAAUUGUUAGGAAUUCAACAUGAAUUUCAACAUUAAGGUCAAAAUAGCUGAACUGAAAACACAGCAAGAGUGAUACAUUUUCAGUUUAGCUACUGUGCCCUAAUAUUUAACAAUUACUUUGAAUUCCUGAAGAAAUAACUCUUACACUUCUUUUGGAAUGAAAUAAAUGCGUAUUUGUAAAUGUAAGGAGCACAAGGCACAUUGUGACCCCAAUAUGGUAUGUAUCACCAUUCUUUAUAUUAUUCUCAGCUCAGUGUAUAUGGAAAUUCUGCAUGGGAGUAUGACGACACCAGAAAUCAAUGUUAUUUCCACCAGUUCCGGAAAGAGCAACCAGAUUUAAAUCUCAAUAAUCCAGAUGUCUUAACAGAAAUUGAGGUAUGUUUAAGAAGAGUGGAAUCUAAAUAUAGAGAAGAUAGUGGACCGCACACAUGAUUGUGUUAAUAAAGGUGGAAAUGUUUGGAACUAACAGGCUAAAAAGCAAAGUCAUAGACUGAUGGGUCUUUUAAGAAAACCAUUAAUAUUUAACUAGGGCCAAAGGUAGUCUCUAUCUUCAAAUUCCAUUUCCAAACUAAUCAUUGCACAUUAUUACAAUUUAUCUUCGUAGGUUCACUAAGGGCAGGAAGGUGACACACAACUGUAUUUAUUUAUAUUUAUUGCUGAAACAAUCAUGAUACUGAACACUGUUUUAUAGUCAUUCACAGUCAACAGAGUAACAAUCAGACUAAUAAUAUGACCUAUGACCAUUCAAUUGUUCUAUUUAAAAAAACUUAUAUAACUAGGAUUCAAUAAUUAUUUUGCAUAAAUACGAUCUAGGACGAGGGGUUAGCUGAGAAUGCUGGGAAAUGUAGUUUACAAAGAUAUGCAGUGUCUAGGUUGGCCAUUACUGCUUGGUGAUCCAUAAACAGAUUCCCAUUCACCCAUGUCUGGUUUUUAUAAUUAUCCCCAAUGGAACAUAAUUUGGCAAUUUCUAAAGGGAAACUAUAGUGCCAGGAAAACAUGUUGGUUUUCUUGAACUAUAGCUCCCUAUAGUGCUCCCUCCUACGUGGCUCCCCCUCCCCAUGCAAUGCUUUCUUGUGCAGUUUCGGGUGACGCCGGAUGUCCUCAUGCAUAAUGUGAGAAUGUCCAGCAUCAGUUAGGCGAUCAAAAGUCGGCUAGCCACCAGGAAGUGCCUCUAGUGGCUGUCUGAUUGACAGCCAUUAGAGGCAGUCUUAGUCCUGUAAUGUAAUCAUUGCAGUCUCUCUAAAACUGCAAUGCUUUACAUUGUAGGACUAAGGGAGACAGGGACACUGCACCCAGACCACUUCAAUGAGCUGAAGUGGUCUGAGUGCCUAUAGUGUUCCUUUAAGGCUGAGAUAUUUAGUUUCAGCAGAGUGAUGUGGUGGGUCUUUUGCUUUCUUUUUUUGCAUGCCAUCAGCAUUCUAUAGUUUUGACAAUAGGAGAUUGGUUAAUAACAUUACAAAGCCUGUUAAUUAGUGCACCACUAACUUAUUAAGUUGU